UCCCCCACUCACCGGAAACACCUAGCUACUAAGAGUAAAGGGUUAUUAUCUUCUACAAAACAACACAGCUGGACAUGGGCACCGACAACAACCACCACCAUAAUAACGAUACCACCAUCACCACCACCCCCGCAACGCUCGGUCCUAACAUCAGCAACAACAACAACAACAGCAGCAGCACCGCCAACAACAAGUCACCUCCCAAACCCCCUAUUAAGCCUGCUGAACCCCCCACUCCUACUACCACCACCACUCUGCAACCAUUCGGCUCCUCCCCCAACACUGCCGACUCCGACUUCAUCUCCAUCCCCAGCUAUUCCCGAUGGUUUAGUUGGGACAACAUCCACCAGUGCGAGCUUCGAUUCCUGCCGGAAUUCUUCGACGGAAGAUCAGCCUCCAAGAACCCCAAGACUUACAAAUACUACAGGAAUGCCAUCAUUCAGAGAUUCAGGGACAACCCCUCCUCCACCCCCACCAAAAAAAUCACCUUUACCGAAGUCCGCAAGACCAUCGUUGGAGACGUCGGCUCCAUUCGCCGGGUUUUUGAUUUCUUGGAGGCCUGGGGUUUGAUUAAUUACUCUCCCUCUUCUUCUUCCUCCUCUUCUAAUAAGGCUGCCGCUGCCCCCCAACAACUCUCCCACAAUGACAACAAGGACUCCUCCUCCUCCGCCACCAAAUCUGCUGCUGCUCCUCCUCCUCCUCCUCCUCCUGAUGCUCCCCCCUCUGCCUCUGCUGAUAAUUCUACUACUGCUGCUGCAGCUGGCGGCCCGAAGAAGAGAUUGUGCAGUGCCUGCAAAUCUCCCUGCACCAUUUCUUGCUUUACUUCAGAUAAGCACAAUUUGACUCUUUGUGCAAGGUGCUACGUCAGCAACAAUUUUAGGGUUGGAAUCAGUUCUACAGAUUUCAGAAGGGUCGAGAUUAGUGAUGUCGUAAAGACCGAUUGGACAGACAAAGAAACUCUCCACCUACUGGAAGCUAUCAUGCAUUACGGUGAUGACUGGAAGAAGGUAGCUGAGCAUGUUGGUGGUGGUAGAAGUGACAAAGACUGUGUGGCUCGCUUUCUUAAGCUCCCCUUUGGUGAACAGUUUGUUGGGGCUCCAGAAUCUUCCGAGAUGGUGGAUAAUCAACUUACCUCAAGAGGUUCAUCCUUCCAAAACAAACGGAUGCGACUUUCACCGCUUGCAGACGCAAGCAACCCAAUUCUGGCUCAGGCUGCUUUUCUUUCUGCUCUGGCUGGGGUAGAGGUAGCAGAAGUUGCAGCACACGCUGCUGUGACAGCCUUGUCUGAUUUUGCUGGUGUAAAAAUCAAAGCUAAUCUGAAAUCUGUUCCUGCUGAUGCAAAACAGCAAGAUUUUGACGUUGCAUCUCAUGGUGACACUGCAUAUAGAAUGGAUGGUGCUCUUGCUGAAGCACAAUCUGAGCUUGAAAAGGAAGAAGAGGAUGUGGAGAGAGCCCUUUGUGAGAUAGCCGUUCAGACGAAGGAACUUCAAGACAAGAUUGUUCACUUUGAGGAAUUAGACUUACAAGUGGAGAGGGAGAGCCAACAAUUGCAGCAGCUGAAGGAUCUGCUCUAUGUUGACCAGUUAACUUUGCUAUUUUAUAAGGCCGCAGCACAUAAAUCAGGAGAAAGCAUGGUGGAAAGUGUCAAAGCAGAAUGAUAUGCGCACAAGAUUAAGCCCUUUUCCACCAUAUGUGCUUCCGUGAGCAACAUACGUUUUUUGUUAUCCAUGGAGCGGCUAGUUCCGUCUGCCCGAAAGCAGCAACUUUGAAUUGUUGCCGAGAGUUGUACUUGCCUAGUUAGUUCCGAGACUUUUUCUGUGCUCUCCUGGUGGGGUCUCUCUCCCUUUACUAAUUUGGGGAUUUGAUCCGUGGAAGAGGAGGGACAGGAAUGGUUGCAAUGUACAAAUUUCUAGACGAGUUUUAACAUGUGACAAAAGGCUCUCUUUUGUUUAUUAUUUAUAAGAAAAAGUGUAAAUGGAUUCACAAUUACGGUUCAAGGCAUGCCUUCGAAAUCUUAGGUCGUUUAUUUGGAUUUUUUUUA